AUGCUAUCGGACUGGAUGAAUAUGAAUUUUGUGCAAGCAUGCAAAAAUCAUGGUGACAUUGUGUGCCUUUCCUGCAUCGCAUCUCAUAACCGCGAUGGUGUUCUCGGUUCCGAACGAGUUUGCCUUUGUACCGAAGGAUUCGGUAAUCGCAUGUGCACCCUGGAAAAUGUGUCCGAUAAGGACAUUCCACCCGAUAUUGCGAUUUGUAUGCUUUACAUAGAUAAUGCACUAUCAAUGAGAGCACUGCAGGAGAUGAUGUCAGCGGAUUCCGAGCACAAAUCCGCCUCUGGUGCUGGUGGACAUAAAACACUGCUUUAUGGCCACGCCGUCCAACUGAAACAUGUGCAGAGUGAAAUGUACUUGGCUUGUCUCUCCUCGUGUUCAUCGAAUGACAAGUUGGCAUUCGACGUUGGUGUACAAGAAACGAACGAAGGUGAGUCGUCUACCUAUGCUUGGCUUACCCAUAUUGGCUGCCCACUUGUGGAAGAUGGACAGCGGUCUGUGGCCGAAAACCUCAUGCCAAAUGCAAAAAAAAAAAUGGGCGAGGCAUGUUGGUGGACGAUACAUCCUGCCUCGAAACAACGUUCAGAAGGUGAAAAGGUUCGUGUCGGUGAUGAUGUGAUCCUCGUCAGUGUCGCCACCGAGCGCUAUCUGCACAUGGCCUAUAGUAAAGGUUACAUGGUGAUAGCGUCAUUCCAUCAAACAUUGUGGAAUAUACAGAGUGUAAGCUCGGGUAGCGUACGCACUAGAAAUAUGGGCUAUGUAUUUGGUAAUGAUGUUAUGCGACUGUUUCACGGUAACGACGAAUGCUUGACGAUUCCUGAAAAUUGGAGCGAACACCCACAGCACAAUAUGGUAAUCUAUGAAGGUGGCCAAGCGGUCUCACAAGCUCGAUCUUUGUGGCGAGUCGAAUUGAUCCGUAUGAAAUGGCAUGGAGCUUUAAUUGGUUGGGAGCAACUAUUCCGAAUCAAACAUAUCACUAGUGGAAGGUAUCUUGGAGUGUUGGAGAACGCGGUGCAACUAUACCACAAGGAUAAAGCCGACUUCGACCUAACGGCCUUCGUAAUGUGCCAAAAUAAGGAUCCUAAAAAACAAAUGCUCGAUGAAAAGGAAGAAGAAGGCAUGGGUACGGCGACGAUACAGUACGGUGAAACCAACGCUUUCAUCCAGCACGUGAAGACUCAGCUGUGGAUGUCUUAUCAGACAUCCGAGGUCACCAAGAAAGGACUCGGAAAGGUAGAAGAGAAGAAAGCGGUUGCACUGAAGGAUGGCCACAUGGAUGACUGCUAUACGUUUUUCAUGGCCCUGGAAGAGGAAUCGAAAUCGGCCCGAGUCAUUCGCAAAUGCUCAAGCGUUUUGAAUCGGUUCCUUAAAGGCAUCGACGCCCUUCAAAAUGAAGGGCAACAAGCGGCUGAUUGGGCAAGAGUCGAUCUGAACGAGGUGCUGAAGCUUAUGGAAGACCUGAUUGAGUACUUCGCUCAACCUGAGGAUGAUCAAGAUUUCGAAGCAAAGCAGAAUCGCUUCCGAGCGUUGCGCUCUCGGCAGGAUCUCUUCCAAGAAGAAGGAGUACUGAACAUGAUCUUGGACACGAUCGAUAAAUUCUCACUCAUGGAAGCCCUUCCCGAUUUCGCCGGAAUCAUAGGCGAAGAAACUCAUAUGAUGUGGGAAGAAAUCGCUACAUACCUCUACCUUUUGGUAGCGGCAAUGAUCAAGGGAAAUCACUAUAAUUGUGCUCAGUUUGCUGCUGCACAACGUCUCGACUGGCUUUUUGGACGUCUCAGUAAUCCACAAUCAGCCGAAGGAAUCCUUGACGUGCUUUAUUGUGUACUGACAGAAUCACCAGAGGCCCUGAAUAUGAUUAAUGAGGGUCAUAUUCGAUCGGUGAUUUCACUUCUCGAAAAAGUUGGCAGAGAUCCAAAGGUUCUUGAUGUUCUCUCCUCAUUGUGUGAAGGAAAUGGUAUGGCAGUGAGGAGCAGUCAGAAUCUGAUCACCUCCUAUCUGCUACCAGGCAAGGAUCUGUUGCUCCAGACGGCAAUGAGGGACCACGUUAGCAGUAUGAUGCCAAACGUUCUUGUCGGUGUUGUCGAUGGUUCAGCACUGUUCCGACGAUGGUAUUUCGAGGCUGAGGUCGAACACAUUGAAAAAAUGACUAAGGAAGAUCCCUACCUUCGUGUCGGCUGGGCAAACAGUCUCGGUUUCAAACCAUUCCCAGGAUCUGGCGAUAAGUGGGGCUGCAAUGGUGUCGGUGACGACUUCUACUCGUAUGGAUUUGAUGGACGAUGCGUCUAUUUCGCCGGUCGUGGUCGAGUUGUUUCACCGAAGAAACUCGAAAAAGGCGACGUCGUAGGAUGUGCAUUGGAUUUGAAUGUGCCUGAACUCAGGUUUUCCGUAAAUGGACGCGACGUUGGUGCUAGCUAUCGAGAUUUCAAUACAGACGGCUACUUUUUCCCCGUAAUGUCGCUGAGCGCUAAAGUCAGUUGCCGCUUCAUUUUCGGUGGCGACCAAGGUCGACUUCGUUUCGGGCCACCACCUGGGUUUUCCGCUGCAGUGGAGGCAGUUAGCGGGGAAUUGCAGAUAUCGGACUGUUUGUCGUUCGGCGAUCUACCAAAGAACGUCUACUGUGGUCCGCAUACCCUGUUUACUACGGUAGAACCAUUUGUUCCUCAGCCUGUGGAUAUCAGCAAUAUCACAUUACAUCACCAUGCCGAAGAGAUCCAUCAGAAAUUCGCGGAAAAUCUUCAUGAGCUGUGGGCCAUGCGAAAGAUUGAGCUCGGUUGGAGCUAUGGCGAGACCCGUUCCGAAGCUCAGAGGAAGCACCCUUGCUUAACGUCGUUCGAUCGUCUUCCAGCUACAGAAAAGCAAUAUAAUAUCAAUCUGUCCCUGGAUACGAUGAAAACGAUCGAAGCUCUCGGUUAUCACCUUAUCACUGACGAACCUCCAACGAGGCUUCGCCCUGUACGGCUAACACCAAAUUUCCAACAAUCGAAUGGCUACAAACCACAGCCACUGGAUACGCACGAGAUUGUGCUUCCCGAAGAAUUGAAUCCGCUCAUUGAAGCGUUGGCAAGAAAUACACAUAAUGUUUGGGCUAAGGAAAAGAUCAAAAGAGGAUGGACGUUCGGACUCAGUGAGUUUGUCGACGCCACUCAGAAGCGCUCUCCACAUCUGGUACCAUACGAAGAAGUUGAUAACAGGAUAAAGGAGGCGAAUAAGGAAUCAGCUGCUGAAAAUCUUCGAGCACUGCAACUAUUCGGCAUUUUCAUAGAGCCACCUGCCCACGAACAUGACGAAUAUGCCGAGAAAGAGAUGAGAGCUCGUAAAGACCUUGUGAGGACAUAUCGAGCUGAAGCAACGUAUGCAGUGACCAGUGGCAAAUGGUACUUCGAAUUCGAAAUCCUGACGGCUGGCUUCAUGAAAAUUGGUUGGAUGGACGUCGGAGCCUCGCCAGACACACAGCUUGGGCACGAUGAUCACGGAUAUGCCUUUGAUGGCUACUUGGGCCGGAAAUGGCAUCAAGGAGGAGAAAGUUACGGUAAAGAAUGGAAAAUUGGUGACGUUGUCGGCUGUUUCUUGGAUCUCAAUGACCGGACCAUUAGCUUCUCACUCAAUGGAGAACUGCUUUUGGACCCAUCCGGUUCCGAGAUGGCAUUCGAUAACGUAAUUUGUGGUGAUGGUCUAGUUCCGGCAAUGUCUUUGGGAAGUGGGCAGAGAGGUCGAUUGAAUUUCGGCCAGCAGAGUAACUCAUUGAAGUUUUUCACAAGCUGUGGUCUGCAGGAAGGAUACGAGCCAUUUUGUGUAAAUAUGUAUCGUAUGAUGCCGAUGUGGUUUGCCAAGCAGCUACCUCGUUUCGAGGACAUUAGCAGCGGAUCACUGCUAGAAAUCUCUCGUAUCCCAGCUACUGGAAACAGUCCACCAUGCCUGAAGCUCACACAGAAGGUAGCCACCAUCUUUUCAUGCCACUGCUCGAUUUUCCAUGCAAACCUGCUCGAAUGA